GACGUUUUGAUCAAAAGUCUCUCAGCGUUAACGUGAUGCAUUUUUGUCGCUUCUUUGAGUUGGCUGUAAUUGUCGGUAAGCUAAGAUGCAUUCAAUUGACAUAUUUCUAAAUGGAGUUUGGCGAUAACAUUUUAUUUAUGAGUUUCAUUUCCAGACAGGGGCGUUGUUAGUUAGUCAGUCCAAAGAUCAAUCUGCACUACAUGUCUACAUCCAUAUAGCAGCCGUGAGUCAACUUGCACUUUGAAUUUUGUUAGUUUCACAGCCGUGAUUCAUCGUCUAAAACCAAUUAGCUAAGGGCUAACAGGACAGAAUAGCAUGUUAGCAGCCCCGCUGAGAAGCUAGCGUUUGUUUUUUAAGUGAUCGGAUGUUCAGCGGUUACGUAGAACUGGCUGCUUGUGCUUUUGCUGUAGUAAAUUCACACACAGUACGAAUCCCCUGGAUCUGGGUUUAGCCGCACUCUGCUACAGUUAGCUGCCCAACAGGCUGCUGGCUAAGCUAACUGCAGUUGGAAGCGUCGUUGCCAUCAAACUGAGCUCGUUUUAUGCCCCGAACCACACAAACCACACGACACAUCAACACUGUAGCAGCACCUGGAGCCAAAAGGGGCUUUUAAUAAAUUUUGGGGGGUAAAUUCAUUAAGAUGCUUUCGGAAAUAACCCAUCCAUCUGCCCAAACUGCCAUGAUUCUGCCUUACUGACUUCCUGACACAACAAAACGCCGCCGCCGCCCGUUGCAUUCUGGUAAAUGAAGUUGACUUAAUUUUUAGCGUUGCUGAUUUCAUCCGUUUUACAAUGGUUAACUUGCAAAUUAAUAAGUUGUGUCUUCGUCUCCGAAUCAUACUGGAAUAGAGGACAUUGAAAAGAUCGUCAGUCUGAUUCUUAUGUUUGAAUAUUUAGGAGUAAUUACACAAGUACAACUACAACUCCCACAACCGUACGUCAUUACGUAGUUACGUUUAGCAACGGUCAGUUGCUAAAGAAAAAACAGCCGCUUCCGUGUUGUUCUUGUGUUAUUCUGGCGAAUAACUAUCGUUAGCAGAGUGGAAGCUCGUCUGACAGCCUCGCCGGAGUGUGACUAUCAUGAUUUUGUGAAGCUGACAGACGGUUUCAGCUUUGUUCACCCGAAAUGUCGCUGCUGCAGAGCUCAAAGAAAAAAGACAAGCGUAUUUUGUCUGGUACCUGCCCGGACCCGAAAUGUCAGGCGAGGCUAUUCUUCCCUGCUUACGGCUCCAUUAGCAUCGAGUGCACGGAGUGUGGUCAACGCCACGAACAGAAGAACCUGUUAAAUGUCGAAGAAGUGACUGAUCCAGAUGUUGUGCUUCACAAUCUGCUCAGAAACGCCCUGCUCGGCGUCACCGGGGCCCCGAAGAAAGGGACGGAGCUGGUGAAAGUAAUGGGGCUUUCUAAUUACCACUGCAAGCUCCUGUCCCCGGUCCUCACCAGGUACGGCAUGGACAAGCAAACCGGCAAAGCCAAGCUGCUGAGGGACAUGAACCAAGGUGAGAUGUUUGACUGCUCACUCCUGGGGGACAGAGCUUUUCUGAUCGAGCCGGACCAUGUUUCCACCAUGGGCUAUGGCAAGGACAGGUCAGGAAGCCUCAUCUACCUCCAUGACACCCUGGAGGAGGUCAAGAAAGCCAACGGCAACAGGGAAUGUCUCAUCCCUGUCCAUGUAGACGGAGACGGGCACUGCCUGGUCCACGCUGUGUCCAGAGCGCUGGUGGGCAGAGAACUGUUCUGGCACGCCCUGAGAGAAAACCUCAAACAGAACUUCAAGCAGAACUUGGACCGCUAUAAGGCCCUCUUUCAGGAUUUUAUUGAUGCUGCAGAGUGGGAGGACAUCAUCAAUGAGUGUGACCCCCUGUUCAUCCCGCCUGAAGGUGUGCCGCUCGGACUACGCAACAUCCACAUUUUUGGCUUAGCCAACGUCCUGCACCGGCCCAUAAUCCUGCUGGACUCCCUGAGUGGCAUGAGGAGCUCUGGGGAUUAUUCUGCCACCUUCCUGCCCGGGCUGGUGGCCGAGGAGCAGUGCAGGGGCAAAGACGGAAAGCUCAACAAGCCCAUCUGCAUCGCCUGGAGCAGCUCUGGCAGGAACCACUACAUCCCGCUGGUGGGAAUCAAGAACACUGUGCUGCCCAAGUUGCCGGCCCGCCUGCUGCCGAAGGCCUGGGGCGUCCCUCAGGAGCUCAUCAGGAAGUACAUCAAGCUGGAAACGGACGGGAGCUGCGUCAUCGGCGGCGACCGCAGCUUGCAGGAUAAAUAUCUGAUGCGGCUGGUCAACGCCAUGGAGGAGGUGUUCAUGGAGAAGCACAACAUCCACCCGUCGUUGGUGGCUGAUGUGCACCAGUAUGUCUAUAGACGGACCGGUGUGAUCGGCAUCCAGCCUGAGGAGGUGACGGAGGCAGCUAAGAAGUCAGUGAUGGAGAACCGGCUGCACCGCUGCCUGAUCUGCAGCGCCCUUUCUGAGCUCCACGUCCCACCAGAGUGGCUGGUUCCUGGUGGAAAGCUCUACAACUUGGCCAAAUCCACCCACGGCCAGCUGCGGCCGGACAAGAACUACAGCUUCCCCCUCAACAAUGUUGUCUGCUCUUAUGACCCCCAGAGAGACGUCCUGGUCCCAGAUUACAAACUCAGCUCCCUCAACACCUGCAACUGGUGUCACGGCACCUCUGUCCGCCACAUCCACGGGAACGGGUCGGUGGUUUACCUGGACGGGGACAGAACCAACACGCGCUCCCAGGGUGGGAAGUGUGGUUGUGGCUUCAAGCAUUUCUGGGAGGGAAAGGAGUAUGACAACCUCCCCGAGGCCUUCCCCAUCACGCUGGAGUGGGGGGGUCGGGUGGUUAGAGAGACAGUGUACUGGUUCCAGUAUGAGACUGACCAGACUUUGAACAGCAAUGUGUAUGAUGUGGCCAUGAAGCUGGUCACAAAGCACUUUCCAGGGGAGUUCGGCAGUGAGAUCUUGGUGCAGAAAGUAGUUAACACCAUCCUUCAUCACACCGCCAAGAAGAAUCCCGAUGAGUACAACCCAGUGUCCAUCGACGGCGCUCACGCCCAGCGUCUCACCGACACCACAGACACUCAGCCGGUGGUGGAUCCCCAGCCGCCCACUAAGAUCAUCCUGACUGGUCAGAAAGCAAAGACGCUCCACAAAGAGGAGCUGACGAUGAGCCGAGCGGAGCGCAGCAUCCAGCAGAGCAUCAGCGAGCAGGCCUUCGUCACUCAGAAGCGACGGACUGACAAGCUGAAGCAGGAGCAGAAGGGCCAAGGCCGGACUUCUUCCCCCACUGGAUCACCAGAAACCUCCUCUUCUUCAGCUCCCGCCACGCCAACCAAAUCCUCCUCCCCCUCCUCGUCCAAUAAGGAGAAGAAGAUCCGUGUGACCACCAGUGACGGCAGGCAGGCCAUGCUGACCCUGCAGGCACACACCACCUUCUCAGAGCUGCAGAGGAGCAUCACCAACCAGUUUGCUGUGCCGCCGGCGCAGCAGUGCAUCCGCUACGGCUUCCCGCCCAAAGAGCUGGUUCCACCUAAGGACGGCGAGGAGAACGAGCCAGUGGCGCUGCAGCAUGGCGAUAGGGUGACGGUGGAGAUACUGAGGGGCCCCGAGGAGAAGAGCCCCGCCGCCUCCAUACCCCGAGCCUCCAGCUCGCACUCCGCCCUGCACUCAGUGAAGAGCGAGGACGCCGUGACGUCAGGCAGGAUGAGCAGCCGGGAACUCCAGGACAGCAUCGACCUUGAGAUGUCCUCCCUCUGUCUCCUAGCAACCUUGAUGGGUGAGGACGUUUGGUCGUACGCAAAGAAGCUGCCGCACUUAUUCCAGCAGGGUGGCGUCUUCUACAACAUCGUCAAGAAAGACAUGGGCCUGAUGGACGGGAAACACUGCACGCUGCCUCAUCUGACGGGGAAAACGUUUGUUUAUAACGCAGCGGAGGAGCGUCUGGAGCUCUGUGUGGACACUGCAGGUCACUUCCCUGUCGGGCCUGAUGUGGAGGAGCUGGUGAAGGAGGCUCUGGUCCAGCUGCGCUCGGAGGCGGCCACCAGGGGCAGCAGAGAGGGCAGUCCAUCCCACGGCGUUCUGCGGCUGGGGAGCGGCGGCGUCGUCCGGAAGAAAGAGCAGCUGCAGAGCGUCACUGCCUUCCAGGGUAAAGGCCACUCUCUGGGCAGCGCCGGGGGUUCCUCCCCUCCAGAACACCGGCCUAUCACACGGCAGCACAGCAGCGGUGUGGACCUGAGCGCCAGCGUGUCCCGAGGCCCCCCGGACCUGUCGGACAUCCCAGAGGACGCCACCAGGGAGCUGGUCCGUAUGGCCCCGGGCUUCGUCACCAUGAAGGACGGUCGUGGUCUGGACCCCAGCCUGAUGGAGCAGCAGCGGAGGAAGCUGCAGGAGAUGGUGUCCUCCAUCCAGGCAUCCAUGGAGCGCCACCUCCGAGAGCAGCAGAGCACUGCUGCUGCUGGGGGCGGGGCCAGCCAGGAGCGGACAGGAAGUACUAAGACGGGCGCGGGCCAGCCAGCGUCCACGCUCGACCAUGAACCUCCAGCUGCAACAGGCGCAACGGCGGCUGGCAAACCGGACGGGAAGGCGGAGGAACAGGAGGAGAUGGAGAGUCAGGACGCCGAGCAGAGCAGCGCCACCGAGCCUAUGGAUCACUCCUGAUCGCUCCUGGCCCCCAGCACCGCCCCCGCCCCGCCUCGACGGCACCUUUGGGUCAUAACGCCUCAGGUCGGAUCCUAAAGCUUUGGUCUUCAUCGUGUUUCGUUGUCUUUACUGCAUGACUAACGAGCGGGCCGACGUCCUCACCUCCGUGGGACGAUAAAUCCGUAAAGCGAUACGUUGUGACACGCUUGCUGCGAUACAUCGUCAUACUCUCACACCGACAUCACACUUCUGUUCUGAGGCUUCUGCUGUGUGUGUGUGUGUGUUUAAAUUCUAUACACAGCUGUCCACUCCACUCUAAAACUUCACAAUGCAGUUAAUAAUACACACGACAUGUGGUUGAUUUCUGCUUUUGAGAGAAAUUAUUUUGCUGUUUUAGGAUACGUUCUCCUCAGUUGAUAAUGUAUCGUAAAUGACUGUUUUGCAGUAUAUCGCAGAUUGGCUGCGUGGUGACAGGAUUGUAUCUCCACCCCUGUGACUCCCACCUGCAGACGUCUGACCCUCUCACUAUAAAUGCACCGAUACUCGAGGCUGACUAACCGCUCGGGUUCCUGUGUGAGAUGCAUUCCUGUAGAUAGAAGAAUCCUCUGAGUCUUAAUCUGCCUCCAGGAGCAGAGCUGCUGCUCGCUGGCAGCUUCAUGUCCUGCAGACAUGCUUCCGUCAGAGUGCACGCUCUGAAACGUGCACGCUCUGGAACGUGCACGCUCUGAAACGUGCACCGGCCUCUCUACGCAUCAACGCCUUCAUCGCUGAAUUCUGCUUGUCCACCGUCCGUCUGUCUGAGGACGGGGAAAACUCUGACCAGUGUUUGCUUGAUUGCCUGACCUGACGUGAAGCACCUGAACACAGCUGCAGACCAACCUGUGCAGGUGAGGAGACGAGCAGGUGAUGUCAUUGUGUGCCAUCAGCAGGCAGAGGAGUGUUUCUGUUUUCAUUUGAGGUUUUAUUUUCUGACACGUAAAGGGCAACUCCUCCAAUUUUACACAUGAAAGUGUCUGCUGUGGAGGACUGAAGCUGCCAGAAUCAAAGACAAAGACAGAAAUGGCUCAGUAGAUUAUAAAUGGACACUGAAGAUACAUGUAGGCAUCAGUUAAAUCACAACAUGUGACACAUGAUAUUGAUUGAUAUUUUUGUUUGAUAUGUUUUAAAUGUCUUUAUUUAAUCAGUCAAACAAAGUGGGAAAUUAAAUGGGAAUGUAAAUAAACUGAUACAAAAGAAAAUAAAUACAAAGCAAAUAAAAAAGAUUGACAAUGAAUUCAAACAGAAAUAACUAUUUUUGUCACAUUGUAUGAAUUAAUAAAUGCCUACAUUUCUUUUUAGAACCAUUUUUGGUGUAUUUAAUGGCACUAUUUACUUAUCUACUCAUUUAUUUUGAGUCUUUAUUGUGGCAGUUUUAGUCGUCCAUGUCGGGGGGUAAUAUAAAUCCUGCUCGGCCUCCAGCUGAAGCUGCAUGUCAGCUGCUGAGUUGUCACCAGUGACGCUACGGCUCAGUGGCUGAGUUGCAUUAAAGGUGAUUUCUCUAAUUCUUUUGUUUUUAAACUGCUCUUGAUGAGUCCAACAGUGGGCCGAUUUUCCAAACCUGGCACCAACAUUACCCACAAUGCAACACUGAGUGACAUCACUGGGGGCAAUUAAUCUGAAGUGACAGGAAACAGCAGUGAAAGCUGAAGGUUCUGGUUGGUGGUGCAGGUGUGUUUAACUGCUGUGAGGGAAAACCUCUCGAGCCAGUUGAACGAGCUGCUUCACAUGUAGAAACAAAAAAACCUGAGUGUGUCAGGCGCUUUCUAAAUGCCUGAAGAUCAAGAUGCUAAGAGGAAAACCCAACAUUUAUUUUCCUGUUUUAUUUCCAAAGUAACUUCAAUGUUUGUCACUCAAGAGCAGUCAGAGUUGUCCAGGUGAAGGAUGAAUGAAGUGUGAUCUCUGCUGAAACGUCUGUUAAAGCUCAAAGGGUUCGUUUUUUUUUUUUUUGUUUUUUUUAAAGGUGCAGUCACAUAAUCCCUCCAUUCACUCACACACACACACACACACACACACGGCCUUCUUCAAUUCACUUUGUCCCGGGGGGUCAGUUUAUUUCUUGCAGGCUGACGAUUUGGUUCUUCAACGUAAACUAUGUCGGUUAUUCUCCACGUUGGUAAUUAUAAAGCGUGUACGUGUCCAUAGCAAGCGUCUACAUGAGACUACAGAGGUUGUCGGGGACAUUAAACGCCACCACAGCAAACAGAUGCUCAUCAACUCACGAGUCCAGCUUUACAAACUCUGUUCUAACUCUAACUUCACAGCUCACAACCUCCUGCUAGAGAAGUACAAUGGAACAAUUCUUAAUUCGUACUUGUAAACUCGGGGCAGAUAAACUGGACCCUGAGUUUUUGAGGGAGCAGCUGUCUGACGUCACACCACAGUGGCAUCCACUAAGAUGAAAUCUCUAACGGCUUCUUCUCUAUUUGGUUUAUAAUUCUCCAAGAGGCUUCGCUGCUGAGGCUGCAGUCGUGUGAACACUUGCCAAAGAGACUCCGAGUUGUUUUGAUCAGCCAAGUUUCAACUGGGAACUUCUGACCUCUGACUUUGACUGGAACACAGCGAAAGAAACGAUGGAGUUUUUUAAUAUCCUAACGUUAGCUGUUUACUUCUGGUGAUUUCAUUUACGAGUAAAACAACAUAAAAGCGGUGUCAGAAAGUGUGCAUGUUCUCCAAUAAUCCAAAAUGUAAAAAUCUCUUUGGCUUUUUGUGGCAGGAACCGGCACUUCCAAGAGGAAAUCCUCCCUGCAGCGCUUUAUUUAAAACGAAUGUGGCCGUUCCUUCACUGUCACCGGUUCACUGGCUUUAUGUUUGGACCCCCCCCCCCAAUUUAAAAUGACAAUAUAGCCAAAGAUAAAAACAAGUUUUAAAAUACCAUGUGGAUCUGAUAUGUGGUAAAAAGGCCCACCAGCUGCUGUCCUAUGCAAAAAAGUCUUUACUGAACUUCCAUAGAAACAAGUAAAUUUAUACAAACACAUGAGAAUCACAUUAAUCUGUUAAAGUGUGCAGGAACUUUAAACUUCUGUGUUACUGCGUUACGUAACAUUCUGCCUCAAAAAGUAUGUUUGAAAAUGAAUAUAUACAAAAUGGAGAAUUCGAUGGGAACCAAAUCAAAACAAACAUAAAGGAAUGAAAAUAAGAAAUAACAACUUAGGUCAUAUUUUAUAAAUGAAUAACUGACCACACUUGUGUCAUUAAUGGUGCAUAUUGUUUAGUUAUUCAGCCAGUUAUUAAUUUGUCUGUAUUUUUUAUUUCAGCAGAAAAAAAGAAUAUAUUGCUCAGUGAAUAAGUUUUAUGCCAUCAAAUGCAGCGACAAAGACACUGAAAAUGAAUAAUAAAUGUAGGCAUUACUUUAUAUAAUGUGACAUAAAUUGUUAUUUCUGUCGAUGAUGGACACACUUUGUUUCCUCAGUUCAUCUUCAGCACCUCAACAUAAAAAAAAUAGUUUAACUUAAUUGUCCAACCAAGAUGAGUCGUAAUCCGAGCAGGCGACGUUGAUAAGUGUAAUUAUAAUAACUAAGAUUAAAAUAAAGCCAGUCUUCUCGCUGAUGGAGGUCAAAUAGAUUCACCAGCAUCAGACUGGAACCGCUUCAUAAUCAGUUAAACGCUCCUUGUCGUGUGACUAGAGAUGCCACAUAAAAAUAGAGAGCAGAUGCAAAGUUUGACUUUUAUAUUUUCCUUCAUUUUACCUUCUCUGCUUUUUGUUGUGCAGCACUGUGAAGAAGAGCAGCGACGAGCCGUCUUCAGAAACGUCUCGGCACGUGUCAGAGCUGCUCCCUGAGUUUCAUGUUGAAUUUAUUCUUGAGUUCUGUGUGCCAAGAACUAACCACACUGGUGAACGCUCCCUUUAAAACGUCUCUUUUUACACCAGGAAAGAAAAAAAAUGCCGCCUUCAGAUUUCUUUGGGAAUUUGCACGUUCGUAUGUUUCUUAUGUUAUACGACAGAAAUGUUGUGAGCUCUUAGGAUGCAGAAAUCACAGAAGGUGUUAAACGAUUUGGUACCUGGAUAAAAACUAUGUUCAUGUUCUGAUUAAGAUUUUAUUUUUUGAGGCCAGAUUCAUUCAAGUAAACAAACAUCUAAACGAUGACGACGUGAGAGGCUGAACAGUUUCAGCUUCAGCCGGUGUGUGACUGAUGCAGAAUCAGCCCCCUGAAGCUGUUUUCCCAGCAUCCUUUUUGGCUUUUCUAAUUACAAUGAUCCCUUUUUAAAGGAACAGUUCACCCAGAAAGUAAAAUUCAUUCGUCCUCUCCUCUCCCCGUGCUGGAGGAAAGUCAGGUGAGAUGCUUCAUAUCAGUGAGCAUUGUCGCAGCGUUCUGCUGAACAACUGAAGUAUCUGAGUCUUGUGUAAAACAGAAAAAACUACCAAACAAACACAAAAUGGCUCCAUGCAGCUCGUCUCCAGAAGCCCAGAGAUCAAAAACUGAACUUUCAUUUUUGGGUGAACUGUUCCUUUUUAAGAGCAGAGUUUCAGUGGAACUGCAGAGGGUUUGUCGUUCAGCGUCAGACGCCUGAAGUAUUAAACUAGUUUAAAGGAACAGUCCAACAUUUUUAUGUAUAUUUUGCUUCUCUGUCCAUCUUACUGAGAGUUGGAUGUUCAGAUUUAGCGUAAAGAUCAACUGACCAGCACCUCUUAAACACGUUAUAUCUCGUUUUAAACUGAAGUGUUGAAGUGUGUUGGACGGUAGACUUUAUGCUAAGCUAAAGGAAUCUUUAUAUAUGCUAGCUUUAGGCUCAUAUUUUUCAAAAAAUAAUUUUCCAAAUUGUUGAAUUAUUACUUUAAAUGACUGAAAGUCAUUUUUUGUUGCCAACAAACGUCUCUCUUUAGGAAUGACCCGGUGCUGCUGGAGGCCUUAAAAUCUGUUGAUUUUACAUUGAGGUUCUUUAUGUUUUAUACUUUAACCUGUGCUGCUUUUACCUCAAACUCCUUUUCUUUGUUUUACCUUAAAUCCUGGUGUUCAGCGUUAAAAGUCUCUCAGUUUGACCCUUUUUUUUUUUGUGGUUUUGGCGGAAACAAAUCUGAAAAUGUGAAUCACAGUCGUUUUUGUUUUUUGGGCUCUCUGAGGUUUAUUUUGCCGUUGAGGUGAACAAAUGUAAGACUCAGCACUUUGUUUGAUAAAAAGAGGGAACGUUAGCGUAGCAUGCUCAUUUUAGCUGCAUCAGUGUGAGAGGAGGCGGGGUCGGCCGCUCGGACGAAUCAAAAAGAAGAAAAGUUUGCUCAGACGAUACUGCUGUAACAGACUUGAAGUUUUUCUUUGUGACUGCUGUACUAAUGACAUGAAUUGUAAUCCAGUUGUAUAAUAGUAUAUAUUGUAGUAUAUUUGGACCUGUACAGAAACUACAGAAACACAGAUUGUUCAGUUCCUUCAGUUCUCUCUUUUUUUUUCUUUUAACUUCUCUCUGGUUUGCUAAUAAAAUAUUGAUGAUACACGGCUUCAACAUCGCUGUUUGCAUGUGUGAUGACUUUUCAACCCCAACAAUAAAAUCACUUCCUUCA